AUUUAAUUCAUGUGAAUGAAGAAGAUGGUAUAUUUUAUACCCAUUCUCCUUUUGUACAAGACAUGACAUAUAUUGGUAAAGGAAUUGGAAACACUCUAACUCAUAGAUAUUUAUUAACUCUGGAUGGAUGCACCAACGAUUGCACUCUUACAGUAAAAUUAGAAAUAGGUCGAAAUUACUCCAAAACAGCUGGUGGAUACUCUUGCAAACUAAAUUCAAGUGUGUCUCCAGUUGAUGUGUCGUCCGUCAACUCUUACUUCGGUGACACUGUUAAUCCUAAACACCCUGUUACACCUAGUAUCGUUCUAGCAUAUUGUUCAGUGGGAAUAAGUGUUGAUAAUCCAAAUUUAAAUUUUACCCCAACUACGGAUGCUUUUAAAUGCCUCGAUUCAUUGAAUUCAGUACCUUAUGGGACUCAUUUAGGACUUCUCCAAAUAGGUCAAGAUAUAAUGAAUUUUUAUAACUUAACUACAUUAUCACCUGGUGUGAAAUCCCUGGCUAAUGCAAUAAAUAAUUAUGCCAAAAUAUUUAAUUCGAUUGCCCUUGGAUUAAAAGAUGGUAGUGAUAAUGCGUUAAAUAA